GAGGAGCCCUGGGGAGUCUCAAAGUUUGUGUCUGGAGCCGCUGAGCAAAGUGGGCUUGUUGAGAAGGGACUUUCUUGGGAUGAGAGCUGUUCUCCCGCCUUCAUUUUGGACGCACACCCUGUUUUAACCCCUUCAGCCUUCGGCCCGAUCCCUCGACUGCCUGUCUCCCCCGGGGCUUUUCAGGUCUCCGAGGACACCGGACGGGAGCCCUCGGCAGGUCUCUCCGCGGGGCAGCGGGGAGCGAGCGUGCCCUCGCUCAGUGCACAGCACGCCCCCACGCCCGCCCGCCGGCCCGCGAGCGGAGCCGGAGCUCGGCCCACAUGGAGGUGCUGGAGAGCGGGGAGCAGGGCGCCCUGCAGUGGGACCGCAAGCUGAGCGAGCUGUCGGAGCCCGGCGACCCCGAGGCUCUCCUGUACCACACGCACUUCUCGGAACUUCUGGAUGAGUUUUCCCAGAACGUCUUGGGCCAGCUCCUGAAUGACCCUUUCCUCUCAGAGAAGACUGUGUCGAUGGAGGUGGAGCCGUCCCCAACGUCCCCGGCGCCUCUCAUCCAGGCCGAGCAUAGCUACUCUCUGUGCGAGGAGCCGCGGGCCCAGUCACCAUUCACCCACGUCACCUCCAGCGACAGCUUCAAUGACGAUGAAGCGGAGAGUGAGAAAUGGUACCUGUCUGCGGACUUUCCUUCAACCACCAUCAAGACCGAGCCUAUUACGGAGGAGUCACCCCCAGGACUCGUCCCCUCUGUCACUCUGACCAUCACAGCCAUCUCCACCCCGUUUGAAAAGGAGGAACCUCCUCUGGAAAUGGAUACUGGGGUUGAUUCCUCGUGCCAGACAGUCAUCCCCAAGAUUAAGCUGGAGCCUCAUGAAGUGGAUCGGUUCCUCAACUUCUCUCCCAAAGAAGCCUCCGUGGACCACCUGCACCUCCCGCCCACCCCUCCCAGCAGCCACAGCAGUGACUCGGAGGGCAGCCUGAGCCCCAACCCGCGCCUGCACCCCUUUGGCCUGCCUCAGACCCACAGCCCAGCCAGGGCCGUGCCACGGGCCCCCUCCGCCCUCUCCAGCUCCCCGCUCCUCACAGCUCCGCAUAAACUGCAGGGCUCAGGCCCCCUGGUCCUGACCGAGGAGGAGAAGAGGACACUGAUCGCCGAGGGCUAUCCCAUCCCCACCAAACUGCCUCUGACAAAAUCAGAGGAGAAGGCCCUGAAGAAAAUCCGGAGGAAAAUCAAGAACAAGAUUUCUGCGCAGGAGAGCAGGAGAAAGAAGAAAGAAUACAUGGACAGCUUGGAGAAAAAGGUGGAGUCUUGUUCCACCGAGAACUUGGAGCUUCGGAAGAAGGUCGAGGUCCUGGAGAACACCAACAGGACUCUCCUCCAGCAGCUGCAGAAGCUGCAGACUUUGGUGAUGGGCAAGGUUUCUCGCACCUGCAAGUUGGCCGGCACGCAGACUGGCACCUGCCUGAUGGUGGUUGUGUUGUGCUUUGCCGUGGCCUUCGGCAGCUUCUUCCAGGGCUACGGGCCCUAUCCUUCCGCCACCAAGAUGGCCCUGCCCAGCCAGCAUUCCAUGCCGGAGCCGUACACAGCCUCCGUGGUGAGAUCCAGGAACCUGCUGAUCUACGAGGAACAAUCUCCCCUGGAGGAGCCGUCUGGCCCCGCCUCGGCCGGGGAGCUGGGCCACUGGGACAGAGGCUCCUCCCUGCUCAGGGCGUCGGGGCUGGAGCCCAGGCCUGAUGUGGAUCUUCCCCAUUUCAUCAUCUCGAACGAGAGCAGCCUGGAGAAGUCAGUGCUGUUGGAGCUGCAGCAGCGCCUGGUCAGCGCCAAGCUGGAGGGGAAUGAAACCCUGAAGGUCGUGGAACUCGACAGAAGAGUGAACGCCACCUUCUGAGAGGCGGCCUCCACCUCCCUCUUUCUCUUCGCUCUGCUUUUACGUCCCCAAACCACCUUUGUCAUGAGCCUUCCCUUUCCCCACCCCGCACGGUUGACGACGUGGCUGAGCAGUGGCCCAGCAGCCGCGGCUUUGGACGGGAGGACGGCCUGCGAUUUCCACCUGCGGUGAGCGCGCCUCCCCUCCAGCCCGAGUCCCUCCUGCAGAGGGGAGCCGGGCACCGCGGGUCCCUUUCGCUUCCUGCCGUAGGAAAUCACGUUAGGGUCAGGGGUGGGACAAGCGGGCUUGUUUCUACCCAUAGUGCCGGAAAGAUAAAGGUACGGCCUGAUUCUCACCUGCGGGGUGUGACCGGCUCUGUGAAGAAGAGGUGACUCUUACUCAUUGGAGACCCCAGACUCUGGCCAUGAAAAUCCCAGGAUACCUGUCGGGAUCUGGCGAAACUGUGACUCAGCCCGGGUCCCCGGUGUGGCCACCGUCAGCCCUGGAAGUGCCGGUGUGUCCAGUGAGCGCCCCGCCACCCCACCACCCCGCCACCCUGCAGUUCCCGGCCUCCAGCUCGCUCUGCCCCGGACAGGCCGCAAGUGCAAUGCCUGCAGGACUCGGGCUUCUCUCCUCCGCGAACCCGCCCGGCUCCUUGCUUGUAGGACUCCUCACCUCCACCUCCGGGACCCGUCCCUUCCCGCGGCCCAUCGAUCCAUCGCCUCCCGGCCUCUCCUCCCCGUUUGUAAAUAGUAUUUAUUAGCUCGCCCAGGCUUCCCGCUGCAACCCCGGAGGGGCCGCCGCCCUCCCAGCCUCACAGUCUUCUGCUGGCCUCGGCCAGCGAGGGCAGCCUGGGCUCUGGGCUCCCCGGCCCUCCAGACCCCGUUUCGUUUCCUUUAACCCCUGUGUUCCUGGGGGCCUGUCGCUGUAGUUGGGAAGCCCCUGUAAGCAUGUGCCGUCCUACAGAAUGAACUCAGAGGAAAGGAUGGCUCAGG